AUGAUGCUGAACGACAGGUGGACCAUCAUGAACAACAGCAGCUCUGAAUUGGACAGCAAACGACCCAACAAACACAAGAGAUGCUGCAGCUUCCUGUUUUGGUCUGUCGUCACGCUGGUCGUCAUAUUAGUCAUCACCUCAGCAGUGGUCAUCAUCCUCCACCUGAACCACGUCCCUUUGCCCUUCAUCAGCAGGGGCAGAGGCUCCUCCUCCUCGCCGGUGAUCUCAACCAAUCCCAAAGAGUCUGGCCCCCUGGUGUCCGUCUCCCGUGUAGCAGACGGCGAGCCAAUCAGCAUCUUCCUGGACCCCAACUGUCCGGACUACAGCGAGAACUUCUUGCGUUGGGAGGCGCUGCAGACGUCCCUGCUACGGGCGUUGUCCAGUCACAGUGCAGACAACUGGCAGGACACGGGACUGGUCGACAAGCUGGCUGAGGAGCUGAAGGUGUUGUCAGGCCACGCCCACAAUCUAAGGCUGGAAGCUGAUUUUCUGAAAAGAGGGCAGAGCGUUCUGGACCAGAGACUGGACGGACUGCAGACCGAGCAGAGUCGCAUCGUACAGGUGCUCUCUGACAGUCACUCAGGUGUGCUGAAGCUGGUCUCAGGUUUCAGUGAUUCUCUGCUCAGCCUGCAGAGGGAGACGGAGAGUCUGAAGAGACUCAACACAGAGCUGCACAAAGACUCUGCCCACACAGCUGUCAGACCCAGAGACUGCAGUGAUGUCAUGGCGUCCGGCAUCUCUGAGGACGGAGUUUAUUCUGUGUUUCCAACUCACGACCCCGACGGCUUCAUGGUUUACUGCGACAUGACGACUGACGGAGGAGGCUGGACGGUGAUCCAGAGGAGGGAGGACGGCUCUGUGAAUUUUUUCAGAGACUGGGCAGCAUACCGAGAUGGCUUCGGAAAAACUACAGGAGAGCACUGGCUAGGUCUCCAGAGGAUCUACUCUCUGACCAGAUCAGGUGGUUAUGAGUUGCGGAUUGACAUGGCCGACUUCGAUAAUGCCACAGCGUUCGCUCAUUAUGGUGAUUUCUCUGUUGGUCGGGAUUCUGUGAACCCCGAGGAGGAUGGAUACCCACUGACCGUGGACCAGUACUCAGGGACUGCAGGUGACUCCUUCCUGAAGCAUUCUGGGAUGCAGUUCACCACCAAAGACCGGGACCAGGACCAGUCAGAGAACAACUGUGCAGCAUACUACCAGGGGGCAUGGUGGUACCGUAACUGCCACACCUCUAACCUAAACGGGCAGUACCUGAGGGGAGGCCAUGCCUCCUACGCUGAUGGGGUGGAGUGGUCCAGCUGGACGGGCUGGCAGUACUCACUCAGGUUCACCGAGAUGAAGAUACGACCCAACACCAAACCAAACUCCUGAUCAUCAGAUCCUAAACCUGACCCCUACCCCUGACCCCUGACUCUUAAACCUGAACUAAACCUGACCCCUGACCCUUUAACCUGAACUAAACCUGACCCCUGACCCUUUAACCUGAAUUAAACCUGACCCCUGACUCUUAAACCUGAGCUAAACCUGACCCUUAAACCAUAAUAACACUUCAUUCACCCACCCCAACCUCUGACCCUGUAACGCCUCUGUACCUUAUCUGAACACACCCUCUGACCCCUGACCUCUGACCCCUGACCUCUGACCUCAAUGGCGGCGUCAGGACCACCGGCCGUCAGUCUGUGUGUUUUUUAAGAUGUGAUCAU